CCUCUCUUUUGGUUUAAAAUGUUUGGUAGAACUUAGAAGGAGUUUUCCAAUGUAAUGUGAAACCCAUAGGGCAUAGGGGUGAUUGAGUCCCACACCACAUGUUUUGAUGUUUUAAAACUUCGAUUAGGAAAUUCCCCAUUAAUUACAAGUAAAAUGCUUCCCCACUUACCUUUUUCACCUUUUUGCCGCCCUUUAUAUACCUUAAUUAGAAUUAAUAAGAAUUGAAAAGCAAAAAUCAAUUCUUCCAACUUAAGAUCAAGAACCCAUCUGUGUUCUGUAAUCGCUCGGUCUUUGCCGCAAACAAGGAUCCGAACUACACGUUCCCUCUCACCCAUUUCCCAGCUGCAUAAAUGGCUUCGGAUCCGAAGGUUCAUCUUUUCGAAGAAGUGGCAAAGCACAACAAAACCAAAGAUUGCUGGCUUGUUAUCUCUGGGAAGGUUUAUGAUGUAACUCCUUUCAUGGAGGAUCAUCCCGGAGGUGAUGAAGUAUUAUUGUCAGCAACUGGAAAAGAUGCCACAAACGAUUUCGAAGAUGUUGGGCACAGCGAUUCAGCAAGAGAAAUGAUGGACAAAUAUUACAUCGGAGAAAUUGAUCCUUCAACGGUUCCUUUGAAGAAGAUUUUCAUUCCAUCACAACAAUCACAGCACAACCCAGAUAAGACACCUGAGUUUGUGAUCAAGAUCUUGCAGUUUUUGGUUCCCAUUUUGAUUUUGGGUUUGGCAUUUGCUGUUCGACACUACACCAAGAAUGAAUAAAUAAAACCCUCUGGAGGGUAAACUGCAUAUUCAUAUCGAUUAUAUUUGGUAGAAAGAACGUUCUCUUUUUCUUCUUUAUCUUCUUGUCAUGUGAUUUCAUGUCGGGGUUGGUCGUAGACUAGAGUUCUCUCAUCGGUUUUUGUAUUCUCCUUAAUAAUAAGUAAAGCUAUGUGCUAUCUUUUCUUUUCUCCU